GAUUAUCUUCAGUCGUAUCGAAUUCAACCAACAGGUAGUUUACCUGGAAGGACUCUCCAGCUAAGGUCAUCGAAGUGGUACAAAAACUCAAGGUGGUGAAAUAGUUCCCAAUUGUGAAAAUUGUGCUUCGUUUUUGUAAAGUUGAAAGUUUAUUUCGGGUAAAGGACAAAGUUCCCGUAGCCACCAUGAAAAAAGUUGUGAAGGUUCAGAUGACACUCGCGCUUGUUGGCGUUUUCUUUGCGGUGGCCAAUUGCGUUCCAACGUCUGUUUUGGCUGGCACCAAGGAAUCGAAAUUGAACAAUGCUAAAGUCAAACGUUCAUCAUCCGCCUCCAAUGCCCAACCACCAUCAUCCAGUGAAUCAUUGUCAAAUCAUAAAAGCGAGGUGGAAGCUUCUCCAAUAACAGGCAAAUCGGAGAUAUCCUUGGGCAAUAUUCGACAGAAUGCUGGCUUCACGGAAACAAAGUCGACACCGCAGAAGCGUGGUGUUAACUCACAAUUAAUGUACGGUGAUAUAUUUAAUUCAGUACCUGCCGGCCCCAUUACUAAUCCAGGACGAAAUGGUGUUUGGGCGGAUGAAUUGGAUCCGGCCGUUGUUUAUCCUGACAUUCAAGACUUUGAAGAUUAUCAGAGAGCCGCCUACAAUGCCAAGCCUUACGAUAACAUUCGGGAAAUACUUAACACGGAACCAAUUGCGCUUCCUCUCCAGUAUCCUUACCGCUACUAUGGAGACCGCAGGAAAAGAUCCAAUAUGAAGCCUUUGGAUGCCAAAUCAAAACGUGACUCAAAACUGACUCCUGCUGAUAUGUUGGCUCUAAUUGCUUUAGUGGAAGCUGGUGAACGUUCCCGAUACGAGAGUGAAAAUGAAGACAACUACGGAGAUUAUGCUCGAUCAUACAUGGGACCAUACAACUCGCAAUUCCUGGAUGAUGAAAAUGAUGAUUUGCUGAAUGACCCGUCAAACUAUGUAUCAUCCCCUUACAAUUUCGAUUCGAUCCCACUGUACGAUAUGAUGAAACCAGCGAAACCAGCUCAACGAUAUGGAACCAAACGAUAUAUGGUAUCGAAGAAGAAGAGAUCCCUGGGCCCUUACGCAAAUGAUGUUGCUGACCACGCCAACUUGAAACUCAAUAGCCACUUCCCUACCCAUUAUAUAUCCGGGAAAGCACCUAAAAGAUUCCAAACUGCUUUCUAAAUAAUAUUCUUUGUGAAAUAACUAAAUUUAUAAACUGAAAUUUAUUGAAGCAGACGAAAUGGAAGUCAUUUCGAUGUGGAACUUUGAUUUCCGCAAGGCAAACAAUUAUUUUUUAAUAAAUACAAAGUCAUAUAUACAUACACAUAAUAUUGUUCGAUAUUGAAUGUAAUGGUAAAUAUAUUGCAUUGAAAUAAAAACUGCAUGUUAAUAAUAUCAAAACAGGGUGUGCCAAAAAGAGAAAUUAUUAUACAUACUAUAUAUAAUAUGAAGUUUUAACAUUACUAGAAUUAUAUAUAUGCAAGUAUACAUACUAAAAUUAAACAACAAAUUCAGUUAAUCUUCAAUCAGCGCCAGCAGUCUGAGUAAGAAGUCUUCGAAAUUCAUAACCAACUCCAUUAUCCACGGUACCCAUUCUUAUCAAAGGCAUACUUCACAGAAUCCCAGGCAGCUCUAGCAAGAAACAAAGCUGUUCCAGGCUUGAAUUGAGAGCUCCAAUUUCUUCAUGUUAAAUCAAUGUCGUCUCCUUACCACGCAACCCCACUAUAUUCACUUUCUUUUAGGAGCACGAAAGAAAUCCUCACAUUUAAGCACGGAUCAAUGAAGAUAUGUAUAUCAACGUUUCGCAAAAAGCUCAACUAAUUAAUGCAGAAUAUUAUUCAAUUGAUGUAUGUACGUAAAAAAGAUAAAAAUUUGUAAACUGCUGAAAUUCGAACUAUAACAAAAUAAUAAACUGUAACGUAUUCUAUGUGUCACGUAUCAACUUAAAUAAUAAACAAACGCAGUAUUUGUAUCAAUUCCGUAAAAAGAAGUUGAUGUACGAUAUCAAUGUGUGUAUAGACCAGAAAAAUUGCAUAUUUCCCUAAUUAUUUAAUUCAGCUAUAACUUUUGCUAUUAUAGAUCUUUUUAGUGAAUAACCGAACAUUAUUCAUAUUCCCAAUCACAAAUUAAACAGAUUUGAAUCAUCGAUUAUCUUUUUAUCGGGCAAACACGACUUCAUACAAAAAUAUGUAUUAAUUUUGCAGUCCAACUGUUGACAAAAGAUGCUCUCUAUUUCCUAUCCUGUAUUGAAAUAAAGAAAUAUUUACAUAAAA